AUGGGCGAACACCCCAUUCUCACCACACUUGGGCUCUUCAUUAUAGAUGAAAACCACUACCCGCCCUCAUCGGGGCGUGAGCCAGAAUACGACAUCAUAGGCGGCGGCGGGCCCUAUGCCAUUGUGGGCGGGCGGAUAGCCGCCGGCAGCAAAUUGGGACAUUGUAUUUGUGGCAUCAUUGACAAGGGCACGGAUUUUCCCGCGGGUGUCGAGCGGGACAUUGCAGCCUGGAACUCGGGUGCCAUUUUCCGCCACACGCCCGGCAGGUUGACGUCUCGGGGCGCCAACAUCUAUGGGGAUGACGGCGUGCGGACUUUUGUGUAUAAAACAAGCAAAAAGCGCAUUGUGGCAGAUGAUAUUCUAGCCACAGAAGGCUUGCUCGAGCUGCGCAGCUUCCAUCUAUGCUGCUCAAUGGAGCGAUGCGAGGAGACGAUUGGUGUUUUCAUGCGAGAGCGGGCCAAACGUGACGCCGGUCUUGCGAGGCCCAAAUUUGUGUUUGAGCCGUUUCCGGCCGUCUGCGUGGCCGAGAACCUCCCGCUAUUGCACCGCAUGCUCCCGCUAGUGGACGUGUUUACACCCAACUUGGACGAGGCCGCCAGCUUCUUCCAGAUGGCUGAGCUUCCGCAAACACCCAAAGAUAUCGGGGCUUUGGCGCUCCGCUUUUUGGCCAGCAGCCCGGCUGGCGGCGGCGUGGUCCUUCGAUGCGGGGCGUUGGGCUGUUUUGUUCAGACCCACCAUCUUUCGCUCAUGCUCCCGGCGUACCACCAGGAUCAGGCUAAAGUGGUGGACGUGACGGGUGGCGGCAACUCCUUUUGCGGUGCCUUCAUGACGGCGCUUGAGCUCUCUGGUGACUGGAUCACGGCCGCAGUCGUAGGCACCAUUGCCAGCGGAAUUGUAAUCGAGAGAUUGGGUAUGCCCCUUGUGGAUGGCGACGUGUGGAAUGGCGUGCUGUUCCACGACCGCCUUGCCCGUUAUACGGCCACACACAGCGACGUACUUGCGGGACACGACCUUGGUCCUUUUGACUGGUUUUAG